CAUGUAGCACUUGUAGCAGAAAGCCAACGCCUGCAAGUUUUCCUCAACACAUAUGGUAUUCAAACUCAAACUCCUCAACAGGUAGAACCCAUUCAGAUAUGGGCUCAGCAGGAACUUGUGAAAGCUUAUUUCCAUCUGGGUAUCAAUGAAAAGUUGGGACUCUCCGGAAGGCCAGAUAGACCCAUUGGCUGCCUUGGUACAUCAAAGAUUUAUCGCAUUCUAGGAAAGACUGUGGUUUGUUACCCUAUCAUCUUUGACUUAAGUGACUUCUACAUGUCUCAAGAUGUUUUACUGCUGAUAGAUGACAUAAAGAAUGCACUACAAUUCAUUAAACAAUACUGGAAAAUGCAUGGACGUCCAAUUUUCCUUGUUCUGAUUCGGGAAGACAAUAUAAGAGGUAGCCGAUUUAACCCUAUAUUAGACAUGCUGGCAGCUUUUAAAAAAGGAGUCGUUGGAGGAGUCAAGGUUCAUGUUGAUCGUCUACAGACAUUGAUCUCUGGAGCUGUGGUAGAACAACUUGACUUCCUACGAAUCAGUGACAUGGAAGAAGUUCCAGAAUUUAAGAGUUUUGAAGAACUAAAUCUUCCCAAACAUUCAAAAGUCAAACGACAAAGCAGCACCCCCAACGCUCCUGAAGUGGAACAGGAGCCGGAUAUCGUGAUCACAGAAUGGAAAAACAGACCUACCCACGAAAUUCUUCAAAAACUGAAUGACUGCAGUUGUCUGGCUAGUCAAGCCAUCUUGCUGGGUAUACUGCUCAAAAGAGAAGGCCCCAACUUCAUCACAAAGGAAGGUACCGUAUCUGAUCACAUUGAGAGAGUCUAUAGAAGAGCUGGCAGCAAAAAGCUUUGGUCGGUUGUACGCCGCGCAGCAAGUCUUUUAAGUAAAGUAGUGGACAGCCUGGCCCCAUCUAUUACUAAUGUAUUAGUGCAGGGCAAACAGGUAAGUAUCUUAUUUUCAGACUCUUACUUGGUCACAGUCACAAAGGUUUCUGGGUAGGACCCUCUUUUUCAGACCUGGUAAGCCUUAUUUUCACAGGCCUCUCACAUGCAUAUUCAUAACAGCUUAGGCCAUUUGUACAAAAGGCUUCUUCCCCAAGCAAAAUCUAGUCUUAAAGAUGCACAGUUCCUAAAUAAACCUUCCUUCUUCCUGCCACUUCUUAAAUUUUUCAACUUCUGUGUUAACUUGAGGUCAAUGAAGAAGCUGAUGCAGAAAGCUGAAUAAUAACUACAGGAGCAUUCCAGGCAGAUUCAGGACAAGGAGAGCAAAGACAAUUGAAUAGCAAAGAGUACAUUUACCUUUUGCUUCACAUGACAUUCUUCUCCCCCUUAGAAAUGCUUUGCUUCUGCAGGUCCUUGACCCUCUGGGACACCUCUCUUGCUGGCUCCUCCCCUCCCCCAGCGCCCCUUCUUGUUACCUCCUCCCCAAUGGCCUUCUCCAGUAGCAGUGGCCCCUCUCACCUCUGGGUUCUCACAGCAGGCUGUGACUUUUCUUAUAGUCACAGUCUGCCCUGGGUGCCAGUCCAUUUGAAAGUGCCUCUCAUGCCAGGACAGGCUGAGAAUCUCUGGAGGCCAGGACCCAGGUCUUGUCCAGCACCUGCCACUAGGGGUCCAAGAUGGACCUGACUUAGAUAGGCACUUGGUGAACAUGGGUUGAAUUGAGCUUGUACAUGUAUGUAUGCUGAGAUGUGGCUGCUUGGUUUUUUGUUUUGUUUUCCAUAAGCUCUAAUUACCUGCCUGAAACGCCAUUUGGUUGGAAUGAAACCUAUUUGCUUUCUUUUUGUUUGGGAAAAUGUGUGCUUUAAUGUGUUUUCCUGACAGUUUACCUCUUAUAAUAUUGAAUAAUAUGAAAUACUUUAACCCUCUUCAGUGGAAUCUACCCAGUACUCAUAUCGUAGGACUCUUAAUUUAUUAAAACUG